GUUUUCGGAGGGUGUGGAUGCUGAUGCUAGGCUUUUGCAUGCAGUACGAGCAUCUGAAAGCCUUAUUGGAGGAGCGCAAAUUAGCAGCCCAGCAGGACGCAGUUUUCUCCGAUCCUUUGCAGGCGGACAAGCGGUCAACCGCGGCACGGAUAGGUCUCCAGCGGAGGUGAAGCCCAUGGAGGUCGAGAUCAAGAUCCGGCUGCCGGAUCGCGCGGCGUACGACAAUGUUGCUGCAGCGUUGGGGAAGGAACAGGGUCGCACGGCAAGCCACAUGCAGGCCAAUUACUUUUUCGACGGACCUGAUCGGGAGCUCAACUCGCGGCGGGUGGUGCUGCGACUGCGAACCUACAACGGCACCGAGAAGGCGACCAUCACGCUGAAGGGCAAGCAGAUCCUGGAAAACGGCAUCGGUCGGGCUUCCGAGGUGGAGGAGGCGGUGGACCCGGCUGCGGCUGCCCGCUACCUGGCGGAACCUGACACCAUGCUGGCGGAGGUACCGCUCAUCAAAACCACCGCCGAGAAAUUCGGGCUGACAUCGUUGGUGUGCCUUGGCGGGUUCCGAAACCAGCGCGACUGUUACUCUUGGGAGGGACACACCCUGGAGCUGGACGAGACGGACUUUGAGCACGGCACUCUUUACGAGAUUGAGUGCGAAACGGAGCACCCGGAGGCCCUCCGCGACAAGCUUGAAUCCUUCCUGGCCUCAUUGGGAGUGUCAUACUCGUACUCCCAAACGUCCAAGUUUGCCAAUUUCAUCAACAAGACGCUGCUUUAG